GUGAAUAGAAUAGACAGCAACAUCUAAAGAUGUUGGAGCUGGUUGUUCUUUGCCUUGUAUCUUUGCUUGUUGUUUGGUUUUGCAUUUGGCAAAAUCCCAAGUGCAAUGGAAAACUCCCACCGGGAUCCAUGGGCUUCCCCAUCAUCGGUGAGACCGUGGAGUACUUCUCUCCUUAUUCAUUACUUGAGAUUUCGCCAUUUAUGAAGAAAAGAAUUGCCAGAUAUGGGCCAAUGUUCCGAACAAGUCUUGCCGGCCAGAAGGUGGUUAUGGUAACUGAUCCCGAGUUAAUCUCUAGCAUGCUCAAACAAGAAAUUAUGCCCCCUAUUCAAUGGUUUACUCAGUAUAGUGUCAAAGCCAGUGGAGAAGACCAAUUUGUUCUCAGUGCCAGUUUUCACAGGUAUCUCAGGAGCUUUUUCAUGCACCAACUUAGCCCCGAAAGCCUCAUGACUGGUGAGUCGAUUCGCGAGAUAGAGCAGGCGACUCGCAGACAUCUAAAUUGGUGGGCUACCCAAGGCGCCAUUGAUGCCAGACAAGUUGCAAAAAAAGUAGACAUGGUAACCGAAUACGUCGCUAAGAAAAUCGGUUAUGAUGAACCAGAUGCCGCAGAGAGACUUGGUGAGAAUGUCAGAGCGUUCGUGGAUAAGAGGACAUCAUUAAUUCCUUUGAACAUCCCAGGAACUGCUUAUCAUGCAGGAUUAAAGGCAAGUAAAAAUCUUAUGAAGCUGAUUGAUGAAACCUUUGAGAAGAGGAAAGCAUCAAAGAUAAAUCAUCAUCAGACUUUUGUGGAUCAUUUACUUGAGGAAUUGAACAAAGGAGACACCGGUUUGGAUGAAGCAAUGGCCAGAGACUUGGUCCUUGUAUUUAUAAUAACAACCUCUGAAGCUAUCACUUUGUCCAUCACAUUAGCGAUGAAGCUAAUUGCCGAUCAUCCCAAAGUGCUAGCUGAAUUAACGAAAGAGCACGAGGCUGUUAUUGAGAGCCGGGUCGAAGACAAUAAGGAGCUUGAAAUCACGUGGGAAGAAUAUAAAUCCAUGGAGUUCACUCACAUGGUUAUCAAUGAAAUGCUUAGGGUAGGAAAUCUGCUCCCAAUUCUUUCCAGAAAACUUCCAAAGGACGUCGACAUAAAUGGGUAUACAAUUCCAGCAGGUUGGUUUUUAGUAGCUGAUCAAACUGUACUUCAUUUUGAUCCUAAUUAUUUUCAUGAGCCGUUUGCCUUUAAUCCAUGGAGAUGGGAAUUUUUUUCUUUCGUAAUGGAUGGUGAAGACGACGCUUCAAAUCCAAUGAUGGAGGAGAUGUACGCCAACGGCAUCGGCGGCGUCGACGAAACGCCGUCGUCUUCAUCAUCAACAACCACGCGGAAGAACCGGCCCAUCAUAAGCGGCGAACAGCUGGAUGUCGAGGCGUACGCUGGGCUUUAUACGGGCCGCACGAAGAUCAUGCGGCUCAUAUUCAUCGCCGACCACUGCGACAAUCCCGGGAUGCAAUUGGAAGCCCUCAGGAUGGCUUACGAAGAAAUCAAGAAGGGGGAGAACACGCAGCUUUUCCGUGAAGCGGUUCAGAAGAUCGACGGUCGAUUAGGCCCCAACUAUAUGAUGGAUGCUGCGUGGUGUACUAUGAUUGAUAAAAAAGCCGAGCAGAGGAAGGAAAAGCUCGAAAACGAACUCAAUGCUUAUAGGACGAAUUUAAUUAAAGAAAGUAUAAGAAUGGGAUACAAUGAUUUUGGAGAUUUUUACUAUGCUCAUGGUGCAUUGGGUGACGCUUUUAAAAGCUAUGUUCGAACUCGCGAUUAUUGUACUACGUCAAAGCAUAUAAUUCAGAUGUGUUUGAGUGCAAUUCUUGUGAGCAUUGAGAUGGGUCAAUUUACUCAUGUGACAAGCUACGUUAGUAAGGCUGAGCAAACACCCGAGGCUCUUGACCCUCCCACUGUUGCUAAGCUACGGUGUGCUGCUGGGUUGGCUCAUUUGGAAGCUAAAAAGUACAAGCUUGCUGCUCGUAAGUUUUUGGAAGUGGGUCCAGAAUUGGGAAAUACAUACAGUGAGGUGAUUGCUCCUCAAGAUGUUGCUACUUAUGGUGGGCUUUGUGCACUUGCAAGCUUUGAUCGAACUGAGCUGAAGAACAAAGUUAUAGACAAUAUCAACUUCCGGAAUUUCUUGGAGUUGGUACCUGAAGUAAGGGAGCUUAUUAAUGAUUUUUACUCAAGCCAUUAUGCUUCCUGCUUAGAAUAUCUUGGAAACCUCAAAUCAAACCUGUUGCUUGACAUCCAUUUACAUGACCAUGUUGGGACCCUCUAUGAUCAAAUUCGGAACAAGGCCCUCAUCCAGUAUACCCACCCAUUUGUGUCUGUUGAUAUGCGAAUGAUGGCUGAUGCCUUUAAAACAAGUGUUGCAGGACUAGAGAAAGAACUGGAAGCCUUGAUUACUGACAACCAGAUACAGGCUCGGAUUGACUCGCACAACAAAAUUCUUUAUGCACGACAUGCAGAUCAAAGAAAUGCAACUUUCCAGCGGGUUUUGCAGACUGGCAAUGAAUUUGAUAAGGAUGUUAGGGCAAUGCUGCUGAGAGCAAAUCUUCUCAAGCAUGACUACAAUGUUAGGGCUUCCAGGAAACUCUAAAUUCUGGACUGAAGCAUGACCAAGAUUGUUUUGAUAAGGUCUCUUAUAUUCCUGCGCCUGGAUUCCUAAUGUGCUGAAGUGCUAUUGUGAGGUGUUUAAGGAAGAUUGGCUAUCCAUGGUGGUGGAUUGCAUUUUGAGGAUUUCAGGAUACACUGUUUGUAUAUACUCAAAAUUUAUCUCAUGAGUUUCAAUUAUUUGUUUUUCUUUACAUUUUUUAAAAAUUUAUGUUCAUGGUCCCUGUUCUUUUAUUCGAUUUAGAUCGCUACCGUAACUCUUAUAUACAAACUGAAUGGUGCAGUCUGAUUGAAGCAA